AUGUCCUCCAAACUUUUAUCAACUGUGAUUUUCGGAUGUGGUUUGAGUGUUUUUGUGGCGUUGUAUGUUGGCGUUCGGCUGAUUUUGGAUAUUCGCGAUUUUGAGGAUGGGGUUUGGAAGGAUUUGGAGAGUUUCAAGGUGAGGUCAUAAAAAUUUAUUUUUAAAAAAAUCAAUAAAAAUUUUUGAGACUCUCUCAAGUGACGCGUGGCAAACGAUGCAAACUUCGGAAAUGUCUCGAAUUUACCGUCGUCAAGCCGGAUAUCAAUACAAUCAUUAUCAACAACAACCUCCCAAGCACGACUCCGAAGUUCACCGCGAAGCUCCGAAAACCGAAUGUCCCCCCGGCGCUCCAGGUUCCCCUGGAACUCCCGGAGAGCCAGGCGAACCCGGAACUCCUGGAGAUGAUGGAAAUCCUGGAAUGCCAGCGAUGGCUCAACUCGCAAUGGAUUAUACCGGUGGAGAAUGCAUCAAAUGUCCAGCCGGGCCACCAGGUCCUCCAGGACCUUUUGGACGUCCCGGGCUGAUUGGCCAACCCGGUUUACCAGGAGAAGACGGUGAUUUGGGACUUCCCGGACCUCCCGGACCACCAGGACCCGCUGGAAAUAUCGGAUUCGCUGGCAAACCUGGAUGCCCUGGGAAAGACGGGAAUCCAGGACUCCCAGCCACUCGAAUCCUCCCUGGUAACCCAGGAAUCGCAGGUCCUCCAGGUCCCCCAGGUCCACUAGGCCCAGAAGGCGAAGACGGUGAAGAUUCACAAGGCCAACCAGGUGCUCCGGGACCAAUCGGUCCUCCAGGUCGACCUGGGCUACCCGGAGAAGACGGGGGUCGUGGAAACGACGGAGAAGAUGGUCAACCUGGUGAAGAUGCUCAAUAUUGUCCAUGUCCUCCUCGAACUUCUUCAUCUGGAGGAGGAGCACAAGAAGGGGGUUAUUAA